UUGACGCUUACAGUGUUCGUUGUAGAGCUUUUGUCAAACCCACCAUGGCUGGUAAACAGGUGUUGCAAUCCUUGGGAUUGAAAUAUUAUGGCUCCAGGUUUUCCAUCGUUAUUUUGAUCUUUCUGCAACUGCUUCCAGCAUCAGAUCUGAAGCGAAUCGUCUUCUUGCCCGUGGCACAAACCAGCCACACCCGCAGCCAUGCUAACGUAGCCCGACAGAUGGCAGCACAAGGGCAUGACGUAUGGCUGGGCAUCUCUGAAGCCAUGAGACGGAGUGAGCAGGUGGAUACUCGCGACAUUAACAUUGUGUCUUACGGAGAAUACGUGAAAGACCUAGGGAAUGUGAUCAUGGUGGAGUGUGGAGUCUACGACAACUUUUGGGCUGGUAAAGAUCAGGAUCUGAAAACUGUGUCCAGAAUUGGGGAAGCAAUGUCCCAAAACUCGAUAGAAUUAGUUAAAGACGCUGCUUUUAUAUCUGACAUAAAGAGAAUUCAACCCCAUUUAAUUGUUCUAGAUUGGACCCCGUUUUGUCAUAGCAUGCUGGCUCUCCCGUACAAAUUGAAUAUCCCAUUUGCCUUUUACGGUUCUUAUCAUAAUCCGGCUAAUGCAAGAGUGCCCUUCACGGCGGCCUGCAAUCCUUCACCCAUAUCAGAGUUGAAAGACAAACUUACAUUUCUCGAACGUGUACAAAACUUUUUCGUUCUCUUUGCAAUUAUGACAUAUAACCCUUUCUGUGAUCAGGAUAUCAUCAGUAUACUUGUUCCUGAGAAACCACCAAUAGCUGUGAGAGACUUGUCAGUGUUGGCUGAAAUAUUUUUAGUAGAGACAGAUCACAUUUUAGAUUAUUCCAGGCCGAUGUUGCCAAACACAAGACUGAUAGGGGGAACGGCAGCCCGACCUGGCAAGCCGUUAACUGGGUCGUUUCUGGCACACUAUAAGAAAGUUACUAACGGUUUUAUAGUUGUCUCUUUCGGUACAGCUGUCGACAACAUCCCUUCUGCCAUCUCAGAUAAGAUGCUUGACGCUUUCGAACGCCUUGACCUCGGAGUGGUCUGGAAAGUGAACCUGUCGUCUGCACAUCUCAACAAUCGCGUCCUUACGUCAAGAUGGAUCCCUCAAAACGAUCUCCUUGCUGACGUUAGAACAAUGGCGUUCGUUUCGCACUGUGGUACGAAUGGUUUAUACGAGGCGUUAUACAGUGGUGUUCCCAUUCUGUGCCUACCGAUGUUCGCCGAUCAGAUGCACAACGCAAUCAAAGUGGAGAACAAAGGCUUCGGCGUCAAGGCCGACCUACGUCACAUAACAGCCGAGGAAUUGGCUCGGUUGAUCUGGGAAGUAGCGAAAAAUGACACCUAUAGGAACAACAUUGGAACUGCUUCAAAGAUAUUCCGUAAGCUGUAUAAAGAGCCUCUCAAAGAGGCAGCAUUUUGGCUAGAACACGUCAUGGAAUUUGGAGGGUCCUACAUGAGAUUUGCAGGCCAGGAAAUGCCCCUGUAUCAGUUUCUACUGUUAGAUGUUCUGCUAUUCUUAUUUUCCAUAAGCCUAAUACUUACAUGUAUGUUGUAUUGUAUAUGUCGACGAUUGUCCUCUUGCCUGGUGAGAUCGUUAAAAAACAAGACAAAGCAGGAGUAGUAACAAAUAACUCUUACCCCCCUCCCCCCAAAAAAAAUCAAAAGUGACAACGUAAUCAUUGUUUUGUGUUUGUUUUUGUUUUGUUUUAUUUCAAGUGUUGGUGCACUAUCAUCGACGAGCUUACUGACACUGUGGGCGCCUAUGUCCACUUUUGUGAAGAGGCAGUUUCCAGCACAUGGAGAGAGAAAUUCUUCCCCAAUGACAAAUCAUGGAACACUAAAGACGUAACGGACUUCGAGAAAGAAAAGGAAAAUGCGUUCAGCGAUAAAAAUACUGAGAAAAUAAUGCUCUUGUUCAUGCUAAUAAAACGAACAAUAAUUGACUGUAAGAAUGAGUUCCAAGAAAAAAACUUAAUAGAGGAGGAAUUCAACGGUAAGGACAAUAAAAACCCGUAGAAGUGUCUUAGAAAAUCACGGGCCACAUCCCUGCAAAGGAUUGACUGAUUGUUACAAAUGGUAAAGUGCUAGCAACGAUCUCAAUAGGUUCUAUUGUCGUUCCGGUAGCGCAGAUUUCGGCAGAGAAUAACAACAAUUUAGAGAGAGUUUGAGAGAAAGGUCGGGUGAGUGCACUUGUUUGAAAUUCAGUGAAAAUGAAGUUAGAUCUAAAUUUUAGAAAUGUAAAAACUCGUAAAUCUUCUGGCCCUUAAAAGAAUUAAGAAAUUUAGGGGAGAGAGCUAAGGGAAUGUUCCAAACAGUUAAUUUAAUAUUGUUUAUCUACCUUUCAUACGUCUUUACUUUCUUAAAUUUAAUUUAAGAAAAAAAAAGUUCCAUUCUUUUGGAACACAGCAGAAGUUGUGCCUGUACCAAAGAACGUCUUGUAUUCUGUCUCUAAACGACUUGUGACAUGUUUUCCUUACAUUUGUCACAUUCAAAGGCUUUGAGAAAAUAAUCCUGUACAAAUAUCUUGGGAAAGUCUCAUGAAGACCUGGUUCCUCUUCAAUCUGCAUGUUGAAGAUACUGUGCUAGUUGUUUUUUGACACCAUUUCAAAACACAUUAAAAAACACUUGGUACUUAU